GGCGAAUUGUUUUGUUGCGGAAACUCGCGGUUGGCGCGCUUUGUAGUUGGCGCAGAUUUUCAGGCUGAUUUGUCGGCGCCGUUUUAUAAGGAAUGAAGUGCCAUGUACCGGAGAUAUCUUGGCACAGUCGAGAUCCUAUCCUGAGCAUCGACUUCCAGCCGUCAAAUGACAAACACCGAAGGCUGGCCAGCUGUGGUACGGACACGCACGUCAUGAUAUGGUUCAUAAUUGUACACCACAAUGGGGAAACCAGCCUCGAAUUUCGCUCUGACCUGAACAGGCACACCAAGACCGUCAAUGCUGUACGAUUCUCAAACAAUGGGGAACUGCUUGCAUCUGGAGAUGAUGAUGCAAAUGUUAUAAUCUGGAAACAAGUUGACAAAAGUCCCGGUGACGUGUUCGAUGACACGAUAGAAAACAAGGAACACUGGGUUGCACAGAAAGUACUGAGAGGGCACAUCGAUGACGUCUGUGACAUUUGUUGGUCGCCCGAUAACAUCUAUCUACUGUCUGGUUCAGUGGACAACUCUGCCAUCAUCUGGCACGUUGAAAAAGGAAAGAAGAUAUCUCUGCUGAAUGAAAACAAAGGUUUCGUCCAAGGCGUCGCCUGGGAUCCCAGGGACACUUACUUCACCACCCUCAGUUCUGACCGGUCAUUGCGUAUAUUCAAGGUCAGCAACAAAAAGGUCGCCUACAAGAUACACAAGGCAGUUGUCCCCCAUGAAGGGCUCAGCGAUAAGGAGAAAGGAACUAGGUUGUUUUAUGACGAUACAUUGAAGUCCUUCUGUCGGCGGUUAGCAUUCUCGCCCGAUGGUGAACUGCUGGUGGCACCUUCUGGCAUCAUAGAGCAGGACAGCGGCAGAGUGGUGAAUGUGGUUUACGUCUUCGCUCGGAGCGAUCUUUCUGAACCGGCCUACUACUUGCCCAUCGGAGAGAAGCCAAGUUUGGUUAUACGCUUCUGUCCACUUUUUUUCAAGCUGCAGAUGCCUGGUGUGAACGAUGAUGGAACUAGCAAGGAAGAAUUUGAGGAGGCACUAAUAAGCUUGCCCUACAAGAUGGUGUUUGCCGUGGCCACGCAGAAGGCCAUAUUGUUGUAUGACACUCAGCGCAGUGCACCUUUUGCCCACAUCUCCAACAUUCAUUACACAAGGCUCAGCGACUUGACUUGGUCUUCCGAUGGCCGGGUGUUAGCUGCUUCGUCGACUGAUGGCUACUGUUCCUUGAUCACUUUUGGGGAGAAAGAGUUGGGCGAGGUCUACGAUGGCUCUUUCCCUUACAAGGAAACUGUAGAAAACACUAGUGACUCCCCAUCUGGAUCAAAAAGCAAUUCUCCUUCAGAACCCAAAAAUAAUUCAGCCAAGAAGGUGGACAUAUUUAGAAGCAGCAAAAGGAAAAGUGCCAGUUCCAAAAUAUCAGGAGCCACAACAAAAAUUAGUACCAGUCCAUGCACCAUUAAGACACCGAGUGAGGUUAUCAUCAUUGACGAAGACAGCAUUGAUGAUGGGAAAAACUCUGAACAGUCUAACGGAAAUGUCGAAGCAGCUCUGGAAAACAAGAAAUGCAAUGGAGUUGUGCUUGAGGAAGGCCAGCAGACAAGGAGAGACAGCAGCAUAGAAAAACUCAGCACCACUCUAAAAGAUGCAGUUAAAAGCAACAACUAUCAAGAAGACAGCGGUGGUAAUGAUGACAUGGUAAAUGAGUGCAGUAAAGACAAUAUGGUGCCCAAAGCCGUAGGGGACGUGAAGAUGGACUUGGGAGAAAUCGAGCAGCAUUCGCCGGAAAAGCUUCAGCCGUCCAAGGAAGCUUGUGAGGCGGCUAGCAUCGCCCAAGUUGCAAAUAACCCCUCAAGUGGUCAGGAUUGUGAUAUGGCUGCCCCCAUUGAAAUCAAGGACAAGAAACAAUCUCCCGAGCCGAGUGGUGGUGGAAAACCAGAAUCUGGGAAUGCGGCAGACCUCCCAAAGAAAGCUCCACGACGAGUUCAGCUGGUUACAUUAUGUACAAAGAAAUUGUGACGAAUUAGCAGACUUUGGUGGUAAAGUUGCAAGUGGAAGCCCAAUAUGGGAAUGAUAACUGGCCUGAGGUGCAUCAGAAGCACUCGGAGAAUAUUGAGCAUGAAACCAGGAGAGCUGGCAUUCCUGUAUUGAUAUUUCACUUGCAAUUCAUUGUACAUGACACUGUAAGUUAAAUUUUAACGUUUUGUAGCGCUGCCAAUUACUUUGCAUGUUAAGCCUAUACGAUGCUUUUGUAAUAAAUGUAUUGUGGCAAUG